AUGCAAAACUUCGUUGAUGGCUUUUCAACAACCGAUAUCUCAAACUAUACCAGCGAUAUUCGAACAUGCAUUAAUUUUAUAUUCCAUCAAGGUUCGAGCAAUUGGUUCAAGAUGUUAUAUACUUAUAGUGACAUAAUCGCUUCUCAAAUGGAACGGGCCGAUGCUAGUUCCUUUGAUCUGCUCAUUAAUAUGCUUACAUCUCCUCACGUGUUUAAACAGACUAAUGAAGUUUAUAUAGAUAUAUUACGAUCACUUUCAUCAAAUAACGUUCUUUUCGAAAAACUAAUAAAUUAUAUGUUAGACUCCGGUGAAACCCAUAAUUAUUUGCCUUCUCUUAAGCUUUUAGGUUCUAUUCUAAGUGUCACACCUAUCCCUGUUGUGUAUUUAAAACAAAUCCCUUUUAAUUAUCUUAAUCAAAUAUUAAAAGAAAAGACACCCGAACCUGAAUUUAAUGUAUUCGAAGAAGAGUACCAUAUUACAAACCUUAAGAGAUUGCAGAAUAAGGCAAAUAGAUUAGAUCAUGAUACAGAUAAGAUUGAUUUGACCCCUGAAUAUUAUAAUGGCCUUGAAAACGCGAUUAGCUAUAUUAAAAAUAGAAUCAAACAACCCUUGGAUCCCUCAUUUGAAGAGAUUUUUGAUCUGGAGGCCCUAACACAAGAGCCAGUGAUUCCACGUAAUCUUAUUGACAGAUCAUGGAAUAUUAAGUAUCCAGAAGUCUAUUGGGGUGUACAUUAUGAUUUACUCAGACAUGAACUUGUAGAACCUCUCAAAAGAGCAAGCGCAGCAUUUCAUGCUACUUUCCAUUCAACCUUACCUGGUAAUCCUUUUAAUAAGUGCGUUUUCUAUAAAGACGUACGGGUGAUACAUUCAUACAUUCGUGCCGAUUGUCAAGUUUUGGUCAGGGUCGGAUUCAACCCAAGUCGAAAAGUUGAUUGGUACUCAGGCCAAUAUUUGAUGUAUGGAACCUAUGUUCUACUAUUCAAGGUUGAUUCCAAAUCUAAGCGUGUUGAUGAAUCAUCUUUAACUUUUGCGUCUGUAGAAGACUUUGAUAUUGGUGGCCUUGUAAAAGCUGAAGGUGAAUGUUAUAUUGGAUUAAAUUUCGACAUUGAUCGUUUUAAAAGAUUAGAUUUAGGUGGAAGAUAUUUUAUGUUCGAGUCACCUGUUCAAUAUCGUUACGUGAAGUCAUGUCUUCAAUGGUUGGCCUCAAAGAACAUGGAUGAUUUGACUGAAAUGCCAUUGAGACAAGAAAUUUUUGGUAUUAGUAUAACACAAUCAUCAGAUUUUAUUCCACAUUAUUUAAAAAAGUGCACAUUGGAUCUUGCACCGAUCCUUUCGAACGAUAAACACUUUAAUAUUGUAAUCGGACAAGAUAAAUGGCCACAAUAUGAAGGAACAAAUGGUGCUUCAUCAUAUAAUGUUGAAAAAUCUAUAAAAGAUGCACUUGAGCAUAUUAUAUAUUCCAAGGUGGCCGUUAUUCAGGCGCCUUCUGUUACCUCAAAGUCUAUUCUAAUUUCAAAGGCCACACAACUCAUUACUCAAACUUUCGGACGACGUCAUUUACCAAGUCCAAUAAUUAUUCUGACCAAGACUUCCUUCGUACUUGACAAAAUACUUGAAGAAAUUCUUCCAUUAUAUCCACAACUAGUGCGACUAGGUUCAUCCGAGUGUAAAAAUCCUCUUCUGGCCAGUAGGCAGAUAAAUAAUGUGUCUAAAGAAAGACUCCGAGCUCGUAAUCAGUUAGGGUUACAAAAAGUACAGAAACACGAGUGGCUUAAAUUAAAAGGCAAAUUGAAUGAUAUUAGUAACGAUAUAAGGUGUCAAUCUAUUCAAAAAUUUAAGUACUUGUCAGAUGAAGAAUUUAUUAGGAAUGCACCAAAUAAUUUUAGAUCUCAAUUAACUGCCCAAAACUUCGAUAGUGAUGCAUCACUACGAACUGAAGAACUGAGGGCAUAUAAGAAAUGGAUAUUAGAAUGUGAAACUUCUCUGUAUACGUUAUCUGGUGUAAAUGAAGAUAUGAUCAGUAAACUCAAGGACUCAUAUCUAUUUAGCAAUAGCUUUGAUGAUGGAGACGAAGAUAUUGUCCAAAUAUUGUCCGAAGACGAAAAAGAUUUACUAAGUCUUGUCACUGAGGAUCGAUUUAUCGAUUUAAUUGACGAGGACAUACCAGAACAGCAAGAUAUGUGGUACAAAAAAAUUAAUUUUGAUCACGUAAACAGAACUAAUAAAUUUUCUGAAUUCUGGAGCACUCUUAAAAUCCCCGACAAUAUCUGGUCUUUAUCACCGGAAGAGAAGAAAAAAAUUCGUACCAAAUAUGACUUUGUUGUCAAUGAUCAUUUUAAUAGGAUUAUUAAAGAAUUACACAUGCAGGCUCUUGAUAUAAGCAGCAAAUUGGAUCAUCUUCGCUUGGUCAGAUGGUCAGAAAUUGUUCAAUUUGCACCGAUAAUCGGUAUUACUAUGACAUAUGCACCAACAUUUCGUGAAAUAAUUCAGAAUUCGGGUUCAAGGAUUUGUAUCGUUGACGAGGCUUCAGACAUACCGGAAGCAGAAUUAAUGUCAACGUUGAGCUUAGACAAGCUCGAACACAUUAUUUUAAUAGGCGAUAGGUAUAUGUCUAAGCCAGAUGUUAAAAGCGUGAUAGCUCAACGUGGCCACAGGAACGUAUCGUUGUUUGAACGAUGGAUGUUGAUUGGUGGGAAAUAUGUAGAGUUAACUCAACAAAGUCGUAUGCACCCCAAGAUUUAUAAGCUUAUGAACGUUCUUUACAACAGUAAGCUGAACAUUGAUUCUCAGACCAACAAUAUCCCAUCUAUCCCAGGUACUACAUCAAAUUUGUUUUUUAUGUGCCCUGAACGUAAUGACAAUGUUAACGAGCAUGGGAUAAUACGUAAUGAGUAUGAGGCUGAAUUCGUUGCGGAUUUCGCCUUUUAUCUUUUUCAACAAGAGCAUAAUUUUGAUCCACAAAGGAUAACAAUUUUAACCCCUUUUAAGGCGCAAAAACAAUUAAUUUGGAGUAAGCUAAAUCCUAAACUUAAACAUAAUUCUGUUAUAACUAUUCGCCCUCCACGACGUGGUGAUAAUGGAGUACAAAAGACCUUAGGUAAAAUUAGAGUUAAAUUAAUUGACGAAUAUCGAAAUGAAGAAAACUCGAUAGUCAUUCUAUCUUUAGUUGGUGUGGAAGAGUCAUUAUGUGAAAAGGCUAGGAAAAUUUUGGAUUCUAAAGAUAUGGCAGUUGUAUCGUUAUCUAGAGCAUUGCAUGGUCUGUACAUUUUUUAUUUUGGUAACCUUCAAACGCUCGAGAACUCGAAUGUCUGGGGACCAGUAAUUAAGAAAGUAAAAGAAGUUGGCGCAUGUGGUACAUAUUUAGAACUUAAAUGCCUAAAUCAUGGAACUCUGACUAAAAUAAAGCAUCAUAAUGAGUUCGAAGAAUUAGCUCGACAUGGCGGUUGUGGUAAACCAUGCCAGAAAGCAUUAUUAUGUGGUCAUCGUUGUCCACGAACAUGUCAUCCUAUUCCGCAUGCUAAAGAGAAAGAAUAUAUUUGUAAAAAUAGAGAUUGUGCACCCGAUAGCCCGGGAACCGAUAUUUUAAUGGCUUUGUAA